AUGCCUUCCGUGGUGAACAUCGCGGAGGCGGCAGAAGCGGCGAAGCGAGUCGCCGCCGCCUUUAUGGCGGCGCGAGCUUCCGGCCAGUCCGAGGAGCAGGCCGCUGCCGCCGCGUCGUCCGUUGCCAACCCGGAGCCGGUUAAAACGCCGUCUUUCGUCAUUCCCAAGAACAAAAUAUCGAUUCCGGGGCAAUCGUUGGCGAUCGUGCCGGUCGGGGGAAGCGUUACGAAAACUGGCGAGGAGGCGGAGGAUGAUAAGCCGAGGCGCCCUCGGAAGUACCGGUGGGGACCAGAUCCGCUUCUGGAUCCCGCGACGCGAAGGGGUCGCGCGCUGGCCAUUCAGACACGUAUCGAGCAGAUCUCGUCGCAGCUGGAGCUGAACACGUUGGAGAUCGACGAGAACGAGGCCACGCGCUCGCCGUCCCCGCCGCCGAUCUACGACAACAUGGGACAGCGCCUCAACACCCGCGAUCAAAGGAAGCGCGACCAGCUUGACAUUGAAAAGCGCAGAGCAAUAGCCGAGUGUAUCAAUCUCAACCCCCACUUCAAGCCACCUGCGGGUUACAAGCCUGUGCUGGAAGAGGCGAAGCUCUUUGUGCCGGUCAAGCAAUACCCGGGCUACAACUUCAUCGGCCUCAUUAUAGGCCCGCGCGGCAACACUCAAAAGCGGAUGGAACAGGAAACGGGUGCUCGUAUCGUGAUCCGAGGGAAGGGCGCAACGAAAGAAGGAAAGAAGGACAAGUACCAGGAGGGAGCGAGCGAGGACCUGCACGUGUACAUCUGCGCUGAUAAGCUGGAGAAGGUGGAUGCUGCUGUUGACAUGAUCGAACCGCUCUUGACCCCCAUUGACGAAUGGAGGAACAUUCACCGGCGCAAGCAGCUGAGAGAGCUCGCGCUGAUGAACGGAACGAUGAAGGACGUGCAGCAGGUGUGCUUCCUGUGCGGGGAGGCCGGCCACAAGGACUUCCAGUGCCCCAAGGAGAAGCUUCAGACCUUCAAUGCCAAGGUGACGUGCGCCAUCUGCGGAGAUGGAGGCCAUCCGACUGUUGAUUGCCCCAGAAGGAGGGCAGGAGGGCCUCCGGUAUGUGCCAUUCCUCUCCUAGCCUCGCCAUCUUUCUCUCCCGUGCAUGUCUCUCUCUCUGCCUACCCCUCUCUUCCUCCCUCCAUCUGUGGGGAUGUGUCUGCCUACCCCUCUCUUCCUCCCUCCAUCUGUGGGGAUGUGUCUGCCUACCCCUCUCUUCCGCCCUCCUCCAUCUGCGGAGAUGGAGGUCAUCCGACCGUUGAUUGCCCCAGAAGGAGGGCGGGAGGAGGGCUGCCGGUAUGUGCCCACCCCUCUCCUAGCCUCGCCGCCUUUCUCUCCCGCGCAUGUUUCUCUGGCAAGGGCAUGGACCAGGAGUAUCAGUCCUUUCUCAAUGAAAUCAACGCCCGCACCAGUCGGCUCUGUGUGUCUUACCAGCUGUUUACCUUUUCCCGUCCCCCUCUCCUGUGCUCCCGUCUCUCUCCUUCCUUCCUCCUCCCACAGGGCAAGGGCAUGGAUCAGGAGUAUCAGUCCUUCCUCAACGAAAUUAACGCCGGCAGUGGUGGACCGGACGCGAGGGGCGAUGGGAGAGGGGAUGGAAGAGGUGACGGUAGGGGGGAUGGUAGGGGGGAUGGCAGGGGGGAUGGCAGGGGGGACGGCAGGGGCGAUGGCAGGGGCGGUUAUGGAGAUCGGAGGGGUGGAGAUGGGUACAGGGGUGGUGGUGAUGGGUACAGGGGCGGGGACGGGUACAGGGGUGGGGAUAGUUACAGUCGUGGUGGUUACAGCGACAUUGGUUAUGGUGGUAACCGCGGGGGGCCAGGGGGAGGGGGGGGAGCGCCGGGGGGAGGUUCUUAUCCCCCGGGGCGGGGUCCCCCAGGGGGUCCCCCCCCCGGGUCCUAUCCCCCGCCAGGCAUGGGCGGACCUCCCCCCGGCCGCCCCGCGCCCUCGUCCUUCCCCCGCCCGUUCGCCCCAGGGCAGGGUCCCCUGGGGAUGCCAGGUCAGCAGCCAGGUCAGCAGGGAGGAAGCGCGUACAGCCACGUGGGCAUGCCAGGUCAGCCGCCCAUGCGCCCGAGCUUGACUCCUGGUCCGCCUAUGGUCCCCCGGGGGCAAGGUCCCCCGCCUGUGGGGGGGUAUCCUGCAGGGGGGGCGGGGGGAGCGCCCCCGCCUGGGGGCCCGGGGGGAGCGCCCCCUCCCCCAGGCCCUGGGGUGUAUGGUCAGCAGCAGCCGUCGCCGCAGCAGCAGCAGUCUCAGUACCCGCAGCAGCCGCCGCAGCAGCAGCAGUACCCUCCUCCCCAGCAGCAGCAGGGGUACCAGCCUCAGCAGCAGCAGCCGUACGCGCCGCCGCAUCAGCAGCCGGGUCAACCGAGUCAACCCGGUCAACCGCCGUCCAGCCAGCUGGCCUGGGGGGAUGAUCGCGCCAGCAAGCUGCCGAGAAUGGACGGUGGGCCGACAGACGCCCCUUCCUCUUACCCGCCGCCCCAGCAACAGCAGACAGGACAAGGAAUGCCGCCCCGGCAGCGCACAGGGAUUGGGUAUCAGGCCCCUCCUCCUGGCCCGUCUGGUCCGUCUGGGGGUCCGCCUACGGGGCAGCCUCCUUUCACCCCCCCUGCUGGAGCUCCCCCUCCCUACAUGCCCGGCCGCCCCCCCAUGCCGGGCGGCGGUUACGGUGGUAACCAGUUCGCCCCUCCCCCUCAGUGGGGGCCUGGGACCCCCCUGGGGUUCGGGGGACCUGGUGCUCCCCGCCCUGCCUGGGGGCCUGGGGGAAUGGGGGGCCCGGGGGGACCGGGGGGAAUGGGGGGAAUGGGGGGACCUAGGGGGCCUGGGGGAGCUUCCUCUUCCCCCUUUGGCCCUGGUGGCGCUCCUGGGUUUGGGCUAGGGGGUCCGCCUCGCCCUUUCCCCGGGGCUAUGGGGGCGCCCAGGUUCCCUGGUCCGGGUGGUUACCAGCCGGGGGGUCCGGGUUUCGGGGGUGCUAGGCCUUCUGCUGCUCCCCCUGCGACUGGAGGAGGACAGGGAGAAGAAGAUGCCGAGUAUGAGAAGCUGAUGGCAUCGAUUGGGGUGCAGUAG